AUCCAAAACAGUGUUCUCCUUAAAGUGAAAGCAGUUAGAAGAGAGGCUGUUCAGCUGUGUAUAGAAUGUAUUAAAUUAUUUGUGUAAUGGCUAGGAAGACUAAGAAAGAGGAGUAUUACCGUUUCUUCACCGUUACAGAGCCACGCACACAUGAGAAAGGACACACGGAGUAUAAAAUAACAGCAAGGUUUGUGUCAAAGAAGCGACCAGAAGAUGUGAAAGAGGUAGUGGUAUGGAGAAGAUACACUGAGCUGAAGAAGCUGCAUGGAGAGCUUGCUUACACUCAUAGGAACCUUUUUAGAAGACAGGAAGAGUUUCCUCCUUUUCCCAGAGCACAGCUAUUUGGUAGGUUUGAUGAGGCAGUGAUUGAAGAGAGGAGGAAGGCUGCAGAAGCCAUGCUGCUUUUCGCUACAAGCAUUCCAGCUCUGUACAACAGUCCUCAGCUUAAAGAAUUCUUUAGGGGAGGAGAGGUGAGAAGACCAUUAGAACAAUGCUCAGUGUCAUACUCCACUCCUCUGCCUCCCCCUCUUAUUCCAUUACCGAAGGGGGGCACUGGAUUGGAUGUGGAGGAGGAGACAGGACACGAGGCUCCUAUCCAGACACAGGAACUGGAAUCUACGUUGGUUGAAAAGGAGAUAGGUGACCCUGAGGUGGCAGUGGAGGCCCUCAGCAACAUAGAAAUCAGCCCUGUACAGGAGGAACAUGAUGAGGAAGCACAAUGCAAUGUCAGCACAGACCAAUCAGCCACAGACACUUGUCCCAAGCCACAUGGUUCUUCACCUGAGCAUAUAAAUGACCAGUCUGAGGAGUUUGAUUUGCUCUUUGAUGGCGUACUAGACGAGCCUGUUGAUGUAACUCCGCCCCUUCUCUCAGACAAGGACCUAGCCAUCUUUGACCCAUGUGCUAAGAAAGAUCACACUUGUGGAUCUCCAGACCAUUCUGAACUCCUUUCUCUCAGACUGGUCUCUGAGGACAGUGCUGGGUGCGGUGAGGAGACAGGCUAUGUGGCCCAGGCUAACAGUGAGCUGAUCGCUGCCAAGGAGAAAGAGAAAGAGGGAGAGUAUGGUGCAGCGGUACUAAAAUAUAGAACUGCCGUGGACAUCAUGAUGAAAGGACGGCAAGGAGAAGUGGAUCCUCAGCAGAGAGACGCAGUGAAGGGAAAGAUAGCUGAGUGCCUUGAAUAUGCUGAACGACUGCUCUCCUUACAGACUCCCACUCACCAGCACAAAACGUAGAACACACACACACACACACACAAACCUCAUGCUCAAGUAUUACACACUAACAAACCACCUAACACGCAGAGAUUUACAUGACCACAUUUAGUGCCCAACUGGCAAGACAACUUUGCCAAAUAUGCAAAAAACGUUUGAACACUACAUUGUCUUUACAAUCUGUUCUAGCUUUGGAGAAAGUUAGAUUUCACAAAAAUUAUUAAAACCAGUUUUUACUCCAGUCUUAACUGUAAAAUACUUCUUAUUUGCAUGAAAUAAUUCCAGAAUUUAAUACGAUUAUUUCAAUGUAAUGACGUACUUUUAUUUAUUGUUUGUAACCUAUUGUUUCUUAGUUUAUAAAACAAAACUUGGCACGUGACUAAAUGCAGUUGUUUUAAAUUACCACCAGAUGUCAUCAUAUGCGUCAUGUGCAAAUGUAUCAUAAUGAGUAUUCUACACAAAUUUUCUACAAAAUGAAAAUGUACACAAAUGUACCCUUUCCUUAAAUGAAGUCCUGUUUGCUGAAGUGUGCCUCGUUAGUUUUGCAUGGGACGUGGCAACGUGUAAAGACAAAAGUUUACAUACACAUGUCAGGGUACAGUAUAUUAUAUGGUAACCUUGGGUAACCUGGGGCAAUCAUUUCUGCUACUGAAUUAUUGAAACACAUGCAGUCUUAUUUUUGAAAGCCUAAUCAGACUCUAUGUUUUGUUGAUCUUCUAAAUGAAAGGAAGCUGAUGUAUUCUAUACAAAGAACAAAUAUAAUAUAUUGUACAGUUAGUAUUUAUAUGCUGGAUUUAAGAUAUUGGGGACAGGAUGCAAAACAUUACUGAACAUUGGUUAUUUUUGGUUAGAUUUUUUUCAAUUGUUUGAUAACGUAAAAUGCCACAUGCAAAAGUUAUGACACAUUUUACAUGUUAUUUAUUAAUGUUUCCUAUAUGUAAAAAAUCAGUUAAUAAAA